AUGAGUGAGCUCCAGAAGUCCUUUGCCAAGUCCAAGUUGGCGAAGCUUCCCUCGGAAGCACCGAUCUACGACUCAAUGGACAUCCCAGAAGGAUAUCGCGAUGAGGAGAGCUCCUCCGCCUCCUCGGUCUCUUCGACCGGAACUCUAAUGCCGUCGCCCACAAGAAAUCUAUUUGCCCGUAGGGGCGGCGGGCAAUCAUCGCAAUCACUGCCUUGGACAGACUUCUUCGCCCAGGAGCUGUUCCUACCGGAAGAUAUCGACGAGAUCCACAUCAUUCACCAUGUGUAUCUAACGCCUCCAACAGGAUCAGGUCCCCUUUUUGUUAUGCAUCAUGGCGCGGGCUCGUCUGGUCUCUCGUUUGCAACCUGCGCAGAUGAGCUCCGGAAGAUCCUGCCGAACGCGGGUGUCUUGUCCCUUGACGCAAGAAGCCACGGCUGUACCACUAUGACUCCCAAAUCAGAGAAGCUUGACCAAGAAAGCCCCUCCACUAGAUCUGCUGCUCAGGCCGAGACCGACGGCAGGAUUGAACUCGACCUGAGUUUGGAGACAUUAAGUCGAGACCUCGUCUUUAUUGUUCGGGAGACCCAGGCGAAAAUGAGGUGGGAAAAUCCCCCGGAUAUCGUGCUUGUCGGGCACAGCCUUGGGGGUGCAGUUAUUACUGAUGUGGCCAAGAAAGGUGAACUUGGCUCGAAGUUGUUGGCAUAUGCCGUGCUAGAUGUCGUGGAAGGAUCUGCCAUGGACGCUCUGCAAAGUAUGGAGAAUUAUCUCUCCACCCGGCCAAUCCGUUUCCCUUCUCUAGCAUCAGGAAUUGAGUGGCAUACUCGCUCCCGCACCAUCCGAAAUACGACCUCGGCUCGAGUGUCUGUCCCGUCCUUAAUAUAUGAGGAGAGCGAGCCAAUCGACGCGUCACGCCCUUGGGUGUGGCGCACCAAUCUCUCCGCCACGAAGCCAUUCUGGGAGAAUUGGUUUGUAGGCCUGAGUCGCAAAUUUUUGGACGCACGGGGCGGAAAGCUGUUGCUGCUGGCAGGAACGGAUCGACUGGAUAAAGAAUUGAUGAUUGGACAGAUGCAAGGAAAAUAUCAGCUUCAAGUUUUCCCGGAAGCUGGGCAUUUUAUUCAGGAAGACCAACCGGCCAAGACAGCGCAGGUGUUGGCUGAUUUUUAUAGACGAAAUGAUCGCAGUGCGUUGGUACUACCUCCCAAGGUGGCUGAUAUGCAGGCUGCAGCUGCGAUGAAGAAAGGCGCUGGCGCCUCCGAGAAGGGACCUUCGAAGUAG